CAGGCACAAGUUACUACCUUUCUACUGUCUGUGGUUAUUACCACAAAAUCAUUGAGUUAUGUGGAAACACUCAGUGCUUCUCCAUAGAAGGUGUAUCCACACAUCUGCUACUACACUGAAGAAGUCACCUCAAAAUCUAAAGGGGAAGAGUCCGGCUGACAAACGCUGGAUUGUCAGGCAACUUAAGGAUCCUUUUGUGAAAGCUGCUCAUGUCCAAAACUAUCGCUGCAGGAGUGCUUUCAAGUUGUUGGAGAUCGAUGACAAGCACAAGAUUCUGAGACCAGGCUUUAAUGUGGUAGAUUGUGGUGCAGCUCCUGGUGCAUGGAGUCAAGUUGCUGUGCAAAGAGUAAAUGCAACCGGGCAAAAUCCUGAACAGCCCUGUGGGUCUGUCAUUGGGGUCGACCUCCUGCAUAUUGCCCCUCUUGACGGUGCCCACUUCCUGACUGAUCAGGACAUCACCAGCCCUGCCACCCACGCGGAGCUUCAGAGGCUCCUGCCAGGUGGCCUUGCUGAUGUCAUCCUGAGUGACAUGGCACCCAACGCCUCAGGUUUCCGUGAGAUGGACCACGAGAAACUGAUCUCCAUGUGCCUUUCUUUGCUGGACCUUUCUGACAAGGUGCUUAUGCCCGGAGGCUGCCUUGUCCUCAAGUGCUGGGAUGGAGGUCUCACCUGGAAGCUCCAACAGGGACUUGCAGAAAUAUUUAAAGAAGUAAAGACAGUUAAGCCAAAGGCGAGCAGAAAAGAAUCUGCUGAACUGUUUUUUCUGGCAAAAUUGUUCAAAAAGACCUAACUGUGGAUCAUGCAAUUUGUAACAGACAGAAUAUUUGAAUAUGAAUCUAACAGUUAUAUCAUUUGAUUUUUCAAAUGGUCACGUGCACCUGGUUUGAGGAGUUACUCUUUGACAUGUAAAAAGAAUGAUCUGGAAAGAUUCACACCUAGUAAACUUCGACAGUUAUAUGCAUAAUGUGGUUUGCAUGAUCAGCUUGCAGUUAUUUGCAGGUAUUUGAAAUAUAUUCAUUGUGAGUUAGCUGAUACAUGUUCUCAGCCUGUCAUUUUGCAGUGAGUCAUCCAGAAAGGUGACUGAAUGACUCAGAAAGGAUCAGGAAAGAGAGGCCUAAUUGCAUAGCUGAAGAGCCGAUGAUUGUGUAAAAUCUUUCAUAUUGAAAGAUUGUAUAACUGUGCCAUUGUGCCUUUUUCCCCAUAUAAAGUUUUUCUCAUUUCGUCAA